GCUGAAUGAAAGACGAUCGUACGGCGUUGGCACAAAACCUUCUGCCUGUCCCUUUGCUUGGAAGCAAUUGAUGUUUCAUGAAAAAUGCCAACCGCCACAGGGAAACCUGCGAUGUGAGCUCCGAGGAGAUCCACGGCACCGGAGAACCGCCUGGCACCUGGUGGGCAUUAUUUUCAGGAUUGACCGGUGGUGGCGGGAGAGCUCAGGCAGCAGAACAAUGACCAGCGUGGUGCAAGAUCUACUUCUCGUCUUGUGUCUCCUCCUCAGGAAAGCCUGCGGUGAUUUUGUGGCGGAGGAUCUGCACGUAGUGGACGGGCUGAUAAACCAGUACAUUACAUUACCGUGUUCCUUCCCCAUCCCAGACAAUUGGAAAGGCCAAGACAUUCACAUUACUUGGUACAAAAACUUUACUGACAAAUUGCUGGACUGCAUGGUGAGGGACGGAAAGACUCCGGUGUGCCAGAAAUAUCCAGACUCAUCCAGAAUUCAGCUCUCCUGGAAAUUCCUGGGAAAUGCCGACUUGGACAUCUACAGAUUCCAGGAGUCAGAUGAAGGGCCGUACCAAUGCUGGGUUAUCUUCGACGAUGCGUAUCAAAGACAGGACACAUUGCUCCGAUUUCACGGUGACCUCGCUGGCAGACGGGAUGCAUCUCUUUUUGAUGGAUUUGUUGGCUGGCAUUCAAUAUUGGUGGUGUCUACAUGGAAUGUUCUUCUACUCAGUGGAUGGCCUUUUUCCCUUUUACUUGCCUGGAUCUUUUUAUCUCAGAGAUGCCACAACCGGAGAAAGGGGAAACGUAUUAACAUCUAACCGAACCUACCCAACCAAGAUCUAUGCAUGUUGCAAUUACCAGACAAUGGCCUCAAACCCUGGACAAUGUGGAAGAACCUUCAAAGUUUUGGGUUGUUUUUGCACGUUAUUAACCCUCGACUAAGAAAAUAUAUUUUGUUUUGCUCUAUAAUUAUAGAUUUUGAAUGUGAAAUCCAUAUCAGUAUCCAUUGCUGGUUACAAGGAUAGGUAGGUGGUACAGUUCACCCAAUCUUCAGAAGAGGGAAAGGGCAGUGAGGGCCAUCUUAUGACACUUCCAGAUAUGUAUGGUUUCCUCAGACCUACAUAAUGAUCCCGUCCAACUGGUCUGCCAUGACUAAUAUACCCAGAACCCCUUGCACUAUGAAUGACUUUUGUGGUUCUGAACUUGAAUCUUCUCGUAUUUAUUUCUUCAUCUGGAAUUUGCACCCCAAGAAUUGAACACUUGGUUACAACUCAGAGAAUCUUCUGUAACCUGAAAUUUUUACGGCAUGGUGAUAUGUUAUAAGAAAAAUAUGGUUGCACUAACCCUACAGUGAUUGCACAACUAAGUGCAAAGCUAAAAAUAACAUUGUGAAUACAUCAACACUUGAAUUAAAAAAGUUUGCCCACUUCAUAAUUCCGAUCUUA